GAAGCGCAGUCCGUCAGAUUGCAUAUAUCCAUGAUAGAACGUAUCAACUGACGUAAAACCCGAAAAUAUAGGCGUAUUACGGUGAGCGUGAUCCGGCCGGAUCAGGCCGAUUCCGAUAUUAUUUCCCUCGAAGUCGGCGGGGACAUGACGAUCGAACUCCUCAAAGCCAUCGUCGAAAGCGAGACGUCCAUCCCCCCAUCCGCACAACAGCUCGUCUACAACAACCAGCUGCUCGGGAAUGAUGCCCAGACUCUGGAACAGGUUGGGAUUGGCGAGGGAGACAUGUUGGGCGUUCACAUCACAUUGCGGGGUCCGCAGGCUCCCGCGCGGACUGCGCCCGGUCCCAGCAUGCCAGCCGCUCAGCAGAACCUGCAACGGAGGCCGCCCACGGCCCCUGACCCGGAAACCAUCCGGUUACAUAUUCUAGGCGACCCCCGGGUUCGCGAUGCGGUCCGACGACAAAACCCCGAACUCGCGGACGCCGCGAGCGAUCCGAAUCGGUUCCGUGAUGUCCUGCUCUCGCAGCAGCGGCGCGAGGCCCAGGUCGAGGCGGAGAAGGAGGCUCGGAUUGCCAUGUUGAAUGCGGACCCAUUCAACCCAGAUAAUCAGAAGCAGAUUGAGGAGAUGAUCCGCCAGAAUGCGGUGACGGAAAAUCUCCACAAUGCGAUGGAGCAUCAUCCAGAGUGUAGCGUUCGGUCGCGUCACGAUGCUCUACAUCCCCGUCGAGGUCAACGGUCACAAACUCAACGCGUUUGUCGACUCGGGGGCUCAGGUCACCAUCAUGUCCCCCGAGUGCGCGACCGCGUGCAACAUCAUGCGUCUCGUCGACCAACGUUACGGAGGCAUCGCCAAGGGAGUGGGCACGGCGACCAUCCUGGGUCGAGUCCAUUCGGCGCAGAUUCGGAUCGGAAGCCUGUUUCUGCCGUGCUCCUUCACCGUCAUGGAGGGGAAACACAUUGACCUCCUCCUGGGGUUGGACAUGUUGAAGCGACAUCAAGCGUGUAUCGACCUCCAGAAAGGAGCCCUCGUGAUCCAGGAUCAGGCCGUACCCUUCUUGGGCGAGGCGGACAUCCCGAAGCAUCUCCAGGACGAGUUUGAGGACGAGCCGAUGGUCAAGGGCGCCGACGGGGCCGAAGUCGGCGCUCGGACGGGAGCUGUGACCCAUCAGGCGGGAAACCAGCAGGGGCCCAGCGGCGCCACCGCAUC